AUGCCGGUCGAACUGCGCAAACGUCCAGCUCCAAAGGAGCCGGCAGCACCACCUCCAGCGGCUAAACGAGGCAGUAGCAGUUCCGUCAAGAAGCUCGCGGACAAGGCCAAAGCCGCGGUAACGGGAUCCGGGUCGAAGAAGUCCCCAACGACGACCAUCCCUGAUGUUGCAGUUACGGAGCCUGAACAGCCCGCGACCACCGAAACAUCUGCCCCGAUCAUCCCGGAGACUGUCCCCGCUGUACCUGAAACUGCUCCUGCCAAGGCCAAUGGCGCCGCGAAGGGUAGUGGAAAGUUGGCGGUAGGCGAGACGAUUGAUCUCGAGGGCUUCGGGGGGACGGUGCAGACGCAUGACGGCAGCAGUGUUACAGUGAAAGAAUUGGUUGAGAAGAGCGGUGCUGGUGUUGUGCUUUUCACGUAUCCCAAGGCGAGCACGCCGGGCUGCACGAAUCAAGCAUGUUUCUUUCGAGAUAACUAUGCGCCCAUUACGGGUGCGUCACUGGCAGUCUAUGGGUUGAGCACCGAUAGUCCGAAGGCGAACACGACCUUUGCCACGAAGCAAAAGCUGCAAUAUCCUCUUCUGUGUGAUCCCAAUGCAACCCUCACCUCCGCGAUCGGGUUGAAAAAGCCCGGCCCCGGUAAAUCCACGACCCGAGGGGUCGUCAUUAUUGACAAGCAAGGCGUUCUCCGCCUGUGGGAGCAAGCUGGUCCUGAAAAGACCGUCAAGGCUGUGCUCGAAUACAUCAAGUCCCAAGGCAUGACUGAGACGGGCGCUCCGGCGGCAGUGGCUGCUCCACCUGCGGAUGACCCUGUUGCAAGUGAAGAGGCAGCCAAGCUAGCUGAUCCGGAUACCAAGAUGGAUGAGGCGCCUCUGGUUAGGACGCCGACUAAGGCGGAGCAGGAUGCUGCAGAGACGGCGGCCGAGGUUGGUGAGAGCGCUGCCAAGCUCGAUGGCACGCCCCAACCAUGA